AUGGCUCCUCUUAAAAGCUCUCUGAUCCCAGUGCUCUGGGUAGUUGUCAUUGGUCUGUCGCAGACUGUCUCGCCCGUGGGCGCCUUUUCUUCUUCUCCCACGGUUUUCACAACACCAAUCCACAAGACGUCGUCGUCUCCUCUCUGGAAGCACACAACUACUACUACCGGUAGCAGUAGUCGCAAGACAACCACCUCAUCUCAGCUCCAUGCCGCUCAUUACACUGGACAAGCCAUUGGGCUGUUCAACAAUAUGAAAACACCGGCAUCCAUUAUCGCUGGAGCCCUGGUUCCCCUGGGAUUCUUGGCUCCACUGCCCCUCAAGGGCGAACCAGGAGAGUCCAAGGUGGAAAAACGACUUCGGAAAUUCUAUUACGUCCUCAGUGUGACAACAUUAGCCACGGAACUCAUUGCUGUCAUGUGGGCCACGGUGGCGACUAAUGGUCUGACGGAACGGAUCAUUGCUCCGGCCGACAGUGUCUGGGGAUUGCUCAAGAGAGAUUUCGAAUUGGAGUGGGCCGCCGUCAAUACACACUUUGUGGUGGGUAUGCUCGGAUUCUUGGCCAUGAUUGGCAGUCGGGCCUAUUUCAUGGCCCAAAAGGGACUGUUAGGCAGAUCCGUCAUGGGAAUUGCGGCAUCCGGUCUUUGCUUGAUGGUCAGCAUCGUCAAUCGAGGAGUGGCGGCCGGUGGAGGUGUCCAAGAGUUCACGGGAUCGAAUAUGCGGUACGGAUCCGAUGUCUUGGCAUUGAUGAAGCGAUACGCGACCUUGCUGUUGGCUCGAGCAUUGGCGCGCAACACGUUCGGGCCCAUUGAAAUUCUCUCCGUUUCGAUUUUCUUGGUAUCGGUGUAUCAUGGCCUCAAGGCAGUCUGGAAUGUACCAGAGGACGACGAGUAA